AUGCCGGCCGACUACGUAGGCCUAGAGGUGGCCAACAACCGGGAUGACGGGCCCGAAUACUAUGUCCCGUAUCAAGACAACAUCAAAAACCCGUCGUCAUACAACGCUCAGCCGCAGCAUUUUCAGGAACAGCAACAGCCAGCAUAUGCAGGAGCUUACGGCGGUUCUCCACCCGCAGGAAAUCAAGAGAAACGAAUUUGUGGUGUUCGAACGACGACGUUCUGGGUGGCACUCGUCGCAGCAGUCUUCUUCCUGGGUACGAUAGGCGCGUCAGCCGCCGCUGGAACGAUAGCCCAGCAAUACGCGGGAUACGUCCAGGUCUGCGAAACUAAACUGGAACAAUCAACACAAGGCUCCGGCUCAGCAGCAGUGUCUGGAGUAGCCGCAUCAUCAGCGACCUCAGGAACCUCGAGCACCACAACAACAACAACAACUUCUUCAUCAGCAUCAGCAUCCGCAUCAACAUUCAACUCAAUCCCUCUCCCGAAACAGGCGUCAUCAAUUCCAGGUGAAGCAACAACCAACUGCCCGAAUCUGGCGUCAGAUAACAAGACAUACACUCCCCCAGGUAGCAACCUUCGCUUCGUCCGCGAAUGCGGCAACAACUACCCACAAAAUGACCUCGGUUAUAUUCCGAUGACUACGAUGGAAGACUGCCUCAACCUGUGCGCUGCUUUGAGCGUUACGACACAGAGUAGCAAGGGGAAGUGUAUCGGUGUUGCGUGGGUCACGGCGGGAAAGCAGGGAACGGGAGAGAACUAUUGCUGGCUUAAGAACGCAAAGGGCGCGGCAGACCCGAAAGACAAUAUCGAAGCCGCAUGGUUAGAUAUGUCUUGA